AUGCAAAGCGCCAUCGACGCUUCUUAUUCGUCCAGCUAUGCGGGUGAAACCGCGGCGCAGUUGGCAGCGUUGCGUGGAGACGUUGCCGCAUUGGUUGCCGAGGUUGGACAGCUGCAGGGUGUGGCCAAAGGUGGUGCGGAGGUGACCGCCGAUGAAAGCCGAGCAGUGCUGAACCAGGUGGCCGCGCUCCGCGGUGAGAUGUCCUCGCUGUUGGCAUCGCAGAAGCAACGAGGGGAGGCCUCAGCGGAGCCCGCGAAGAGUGAGGAGUUGAACGCUGCGGUGGCGCAGUUGGGGAACUUGUGCGAGUGGACGCUGAAGUACUGCCAAGAAGCCGCAGGUGGACAGGCAUCUUUGGCCUCACGGCUGACGGAGCUGCAGGAGGCGGAAGAUCGCACGUCGGAUGGAGCUGCAACGUGGCGAGCGGCUCGAUAG